AUGUGCUUGUUUGAUAUUGAUGGAACACUGACUCCUUCAAGACAGGUGAUCACACCAGAAAUGAAGAGUUUUCUACUUGAGUUAAAGAAGAAAGUUGUCAUUGGUAUAGUUGGUGGAUCAGAUAAAGGAAAACAAGAGGAACAAAUGGGAGGAGAUGUGACUGGUAUGUAUGACUAUGUAUUCUCAGAAAAUGGUCUAGUAGCUUAUAAAGAUGGCAAACUAAUUGGAAAACAAAGUUUUAUAAAAGAUUGGAUGGGUGAAGAAAAAAUUAAACUGUUUGAUAAUUUUUGUUUACGAUAUUUAGCUGAUUUAGAUAUUCCUAAAAAGAGAGGUACAUUUAUAGAGUUUCGAGAUGGUCUUAUUAAUGUCUGUCCUAUUGGACGUAAUUGUACUCAGGAAGAAAGAAUGGAAUUCUUUGAAUAUGACAAAGAACACAAAGUCAGAGAAAAGUUUGUAGAAGCUUUAAGGAAGGAGUUUUCCGACAUGGGACUCCAGUAUUCUAUUGGUGGUCAGAUUAGCUUUGAUGUCUUUCCCAAGGGCUGGGACAAAACGUUCUGUCUAGGAUUGAUUGAUAAUAUUUCUCAAUUUAAAGCAGUCCAUUUCUUUGGAGAUAAAACUUAUCCAGUAAGGGGCAAUGAUUAUGAAAUCUUCAUGGACCCACGUACUAUUGGACACACUGUUACAAGUCCUGAUGACACUAUUAAACAACUCAGGGAAUUGUUUAAUAUGUGA